AUGUCAACGCCUUCUUCCUGGCGUUGGCCAGUUCUUCUCUCGGGGCGAGCUAUCGGAGAACUGAGGCAGCUCAUAGAAAACCGUAAAACACUUGAAAUUAUUCGAACCAAGCUCAAGGAGCUUUCCCGGGCGCAGUUUACGACUGACAAUUAUCUCGUCGUCCGGGGUACAGAAAAUCAUAUCCCGGUCUUCAGAGCACGCAUGAGCGUUGACCUGAGAAUUAUCUAUACAAUCGAUUUAAUAGCAGAUCCCGAAGGCAAAUACGAUUGCCAAACCAUCAAGGUUUUUUCUGUAUCUACUCGGGCUCGUAUAUCAUAUGACUUUUGGGUAAAAGUCUCCAAGUAUUUGGUAAGACACGGUCGAGAAUAUCGGGACCGAUGCACUCGGCGCGAGUAUGUACAAACUGCAGAUGGCCCGCUCAAUAUACCGGCGAUGUUUGGUCACAAAGAAUAUGUCCUUGCGGGCCCAGAUAGCGAGUAUCGUCUAGACGAUGAUGAAGCCCCAGCGUCCGAGACAGACAUGAAUGAGCUUCAUGAAAUUGUAGCCCUUGAAAAAUUCUCGCCGGCUACAAAGUCCUUGUAUAACUCUGAUAUGGAAGCCGUCCUCCCUAUGGCCCUGAACCCCGACGAACGGAGGAUUGUACGUCAUCAUGGGACGUCCAUAGUGAUUGGCCGUAGUGGCACAGGGAAAACGACCGCGCUAAUAUACAAGAUGAGAGCAAAUGCUCAGCUCGGCUUGCGGUCCGAUGAGCUACGACCUACUCGACAACUUUUCGUAACUCGAUCCAAGGUCUUGACCCAGCAUAUAGCUAGGAACUACCAAGGAUUGAUUGAUUCGAGUGAUAUCGCAAACAAAUCGACACAGGAGCUUGAAGCAAUGCGUCAAGAAAAUCAAAAAUACCAAAGCCGGGAGCUGGUUGAAUACGACAACACGGUUGACCUACGCGUUGACCUUCCGCGUCGUUUUAGCGAUCUCAAAGAUAGCCAUUUCCCGUUAUUUGUAUCAUUUGAUAAGCUGUGCGAAUUGAUUGAAGGGGACAUAUUUGGUGCUGCAGGUGAAGAUGCAUUAACUUCUGCAAGGACUCGCGCCCAACAUAUCAUAUCAUUCAGCGACUUCAAACACAGAUACUGGCCAACGUUCAGCCCUGGGCUAACACGCAACCUCAAUCCAGCGCUGGUUUUUUCUGAGAUACUUGGGGUAAUCAAAGGAUACGGCCGUAACUUAACUAUGGAUGAAUAUCUAUCGGAGUUGAGCCAUAAAAAAUCACCGCUUCUUAUGGGUGUUCGUGGCCAGGUAUAUGCAAUCUAUGAAGAAUACACCAAGCAAUGCCGCCGGCGCUAUGAGAUAGAUAACGCAGACAGGACUCAAAAGAUAUUAUCGAGAUACAAGGUACCUGCCGAAUCCCGAGUAGACUACAUCUUUGUGGACGAGGUCCAAGACCAUUUAAUGUCCGACGUUUAUUUGCUCCAGUCUCUGUGCUCAAACCUAGACGGAGGAUAUUGGUGCGGUGAUACCGCUCAAACCAUCAACGUCGGUAGCUCUUUUCGAAUCAAAGACCUGAAAGCGUUUAUAUAUGAUAACAUGAUACCUAAGGAGGCUUCUCGUUGGCAGCGUAAACCAACGGCUCCAUUUUCUCUUUUCGAGCUUACUGUCAACUUCCGUAGCCAUGCAGGCAUUGUUCGUUAUGCCGCAUCCCUGGUCGAACUCAUCUAUACUUUAUUUCCAACUUCUAUCGACAUCAUGAAGCCUGAAUCCGCCAAGACGCCGGGCCAGUUUGUUCGCUAUCUUUUGGAUAAGAAGCCAAUCGAGCAAGCUACUGCGUUUGGUGCUCAGCAGGCUAUUAUUGUUCGGUCAGAAUCAACUGCUCAGUCCUUGAACAAGAGACUCCAAAAGCGCUGCUUGGAAUUUGACGAUAUACUACUAUAUAACUUUUUCGCCGAGUCGGAAGCACCCAGCACUGCUUGGAGUGCUAUUCGUAUGCUCUCAGUUCACUACGAAGAUGAGCGUGUUAGAUUCUCCAGGAUGGAAACGGACCUUGUUGUAUCACCCGUCUUAUGUUCCGAAUUGAAACAACUCUAUGUCGCCGUUACUAGGGCUAGACAUCGGUGCUGGAUAUGGGACUCUGGGGAGACAAUUGAUGCUAUGAAAGUGGUCUGGGAAGGCCUGAAAUUGAUCACUUGUUCAGAUUCCCUCGAUUCGCUGAGCAAAUUUGCAGCUUCCACUAAGGACCUUCGACAGUGGGCCCAGCGUGGACAGGAGUUCUUUUCAACUGGCUUGUAUGCACUGGCUCAGUCGUGCUUCGAGCGCGCUGGACAAGACAAAGAAGCCGCUAUUGCCAACGCGUACCAUGACAUGACAGAAGCAAAAAACAUUCAAGGCACUGGGAGCAAGGACGCUCUUGUCAAGGCAGCCAAUAAAAUGGAAAAAUGUGCCAAAUCCGAGAAGUCGCCGCACACCGCGUCUACACUUUGGUAUCAUGCCGCUACCUGUUGGCACGGAGCUCAAGACCUAUACGGACCUCCAAAGCAUAUUGUCGAGGAGGCUUUUAUGAUCGAGCUGCAGUUGUUUCUUUUGAAGCUCAGAACAUGGAUGAGUAGGAUAGAAGAGGUUGCGUCAGUGCAUUUCCUGCGCGAACGUAGAUAUGACGAUUUGCAAAAGCUCUUCAAGGGUGAUCUAGAUCGGUGCAUUAACUUAGCUCGCUCACUUCGUUUUCCUACUCAAAUAAAGGAGCUCCUUCAAAGAAACCAAAAGUUUGAAGAUCUUGCCAACGAAUACGUGUCUGAUGGGCUACCCGUCCAGGCUAUAGAAUGUCUCCUCAAAGUUCGAAAAGCAUCAACUCUUCAGCGAUCCAGGGAGAUCGUCUCUGGCUACCUGUGGACCGUUUUCAGUCUGGAGGCUAUUCGAAACCCAGAGUCCCUUAAACGGGCAGAGGAUUUGAUUGAUAUAUGCGCCACUUUAGAUGGACUAUCAGAUCCUGCGGCUCGCUAUGAUAUUAUGAUAUUCGCGACAUUACUUGGUCAUCAGACCCCUGCUCUUGAAUUGUUUGAUGACAUUCGUGCAAAGCUGGACCCAAACUUUGAAGAAGAAAGAAUUCGGCUAACACUAAUUUAUCAUCACACACUCAAGCCAAUCGAUCGAGUUUAUGAUUCAUGGGAGACCUUUUCGACAUAUCUUCGGGCCUGGUCCCAGUAUUUAUCACACAUUCAACUCCUAAGGGAUUUACCCAGUCCAAGUCGGAAUUUUCAGGCCCGAAAGAUUCUAGGUCUUGCCCAGUCGUCAACAUCGGGUGCUAAAGACAACGCGUUCAUUUCGAUUCCAAACGGGACGUUCUUGCAAACCUUUUCCGGGAAAGGCCGAACCACAAAGAAAGGCUCUUCGCGCGACCUACUUUUGGCCACCAACGCUGCCGAUGCAUGUAUUAGGGAAGCCCUUGACGAGCAUACCCAGCAGUGUCUCAAAGAUCUUAAUACACACUUGCUCGGGACUCCUUGGAUGCAGCCUCUCUCGCUCAUACGGAAUAGUGAUUUGACUGCUUCUCCGUCUGAUCCAACUUUGCAUGAUUUGUUCCCGGCACUGGAUUUAGCGUUAUCUUCCUUGGAGUUAGUCAAAGGGUACAAGUUCAAAGUCACAGCCACUAAAUUCAGUGAUAACGAUAUCGAUAAUAUUCAAACGGCCUGGCUCAUAAGACUCUUUAACAUUGUGUUCCCGCCUACCGGUUCGGUCAACCGCUCUAGUCUCGAGUACCUGAAACCUGGAUCUUCAACCUUAUACGCUUGGACUAACGAAGCACUAGAGUCACUAAGUCCCAACAAGCAUAAGCAAAUGUUUGCGACGCUCUUUGUGGCUUAUCUCUCUAUCUCUUCGGAGCUCCUUCCGGUUCGCGAAGCAUCCAAAACUGUCCAGCUAUUCAAGCCUAAGAAAACUCCCGUGGGCUGCCCUCCCAGGCCUGACCUUUUUGCAGCUGACAUAAUUACACUGCAUCAAACCGGAUCUCUCGGGCAACUUCAUAAAGUAGUUAAUGCCAUAGGUCGGAUUAUUGAACAGGGAUGGGCAAUUGAUGUAGCGGUACUAGUUCACUUGAUCGAAAGGACAACGCGAGAUUUAAUUCUGGCAGAGCGCGCCAUCACCACAUGGUCCUACUGGGGUUAUUCUGGGCUCGUGAUUCCGUUAAGCUGGGCAUCAAGCUUGACUAUGCACGCAAAGUAUCCACAAACACUCAGACAUCAGCCUAUUGGAACCUUUGUCCACCGUUUGCGGUUGGUCUUAAUGGAAUUGUUGCGUGGCAUCCCUGACCGCUGGAGGAUGUUAAACGACGCACUUGGCGAAUAUGAUGUUCAGUCUCUUAUAUCACGCUUAAUUUGGGCAACCAGUCUAUUGGCGAUCAAUCUUCAUCCUGCCCAUCCUGUGCUACCAACGGUGUUUGGUACGCUUCGAGAUGUCGGAAAAGAACGAGGGGGUGUUCAAAUGCCACUAACUGACGAAAUAAUGGCACUGGGUAUCAAUCCUGAUACAUUAUCAGUUAGCUCCAACCAGAGGUUAUGCCUUGAAUUACUCAUGAAGACACUGAUUCACGAAGAACUAGUAAUGCUUCUGGGUAAUGCUGGAGUCGCAUGCCCCGCAAAGCAAAGUCUGGUCGCGAACACGAUCACUUUCGAUAAUAUUCCCCACCUUCAGUCCCUUCUAUUCGAUAGACUCAACAGAGGGGCAGCCGACUGUUGUUCUCAAGAUUCACCGGAGCCAUUCAAUCUACAGAUUGUACCUGAUGGAUUAUCGGAGAGUCCUGUCGUAGAAUGCACGACAUACCAUCAGACGGAUGCCCAUAACAUCAACGUCUCCUUAUCUGGACCGGAAAUCGCCUCGGCCCUUCCUGAUUCAAAGUCUCCGGAUGAAGAUCAGUUGCUUGAAGACGAGGUUUUGGAAGAAAAAUUAACGCCAGAUGAUGCAGCCCGUUGUAUUCAAGAAGCAUGGAAAAAGGCCAUCAAACGACAAGCGCAGCGACAUCGCCUGCAUGAAUUCUCCGACGAGGGUCGUCUCUACGAAUUACAACGCCCUCAUUUUCCGAAAGCGGGUAAAUCGGCCGAACGAAGGGAUGUUUUGGCCCUGCAUCUCAUUAGAGGGCCGUGCCUAUCUAUCGUCUUGGGGCUUCAAAUGCUAGUUGAAGAGAUGCGCGAGUACCUUGAACAUAUUGACGAUAACCUCAAGGAAGACAACUUGAAACCUAAAGACGUGGAAGAGCUUCAGAAGAAGAACAAGAAGAAUCAACAAAAAGUCGAAGGUUACCUUGGCAAAGUGAGCGAAUGCCUGCCGCCAGGCAAAGCCCCCAGGAUCAUAAAACAAGGAAACAUUGGCGGUAUAAAAACCCAGACGAAAAAGGCCUGGGAUGUUUUCAUGAACGUUAAAAACUCAAAGACGGUGACCCAAGAUGAGGGCUUCAAGGAUGUCGAGAAAAGAUUGUCUUAUGGAAGAAACAUGAUUUUGAAGACGCUCGAGACAUCCAACGACUUGAAACGUCCCAAAGGCAAGGGGCGUGCACGAUAA